AUGCAUUCGAAUCGCUUCUUCUCUACGCUUUCCGUUGCCCUCUCCUUUUUCCUGCCAGUGUAUGGCGCUUUCUACACAGAUCCCGCCAGGCUUCCGACAAAUUCAUUCGAUUAUGUUGUAGUUGGCGGUGGGACGGCUGGAGCGGUCAUCGCGAAUCGUCUUACGGAGAAUCCGCGCGUCACGGUCCUCCUGCUCGAGGCUGGCCCAUCCAAUAUCAAUGUCACGAACUCCAUCGUUCCGCUGCUCCACAAUUUCCUGAUCCCCAACACACCAUACGACUGGAACUUCACUACGACGAAUCAGGUUGGGUUCAACGGCCGGAAUAUCAGUUUCCCUCGUGGGCAUAUGCUGGGAGGAUCGAGCUCAGUCAAUGGAUUGGUCUUUACUCGUGGCUCGAGCGAUGACUGGGAUGCAUAUGCUGCCAUAGCAGAGGACCCUAGCUGGACGUGGGAGAAUAUUCAACGCUACCUGCCUCUGAUCGAGCAAUUCACUGAACCUAUUGAACCCUACAACAUCACUGGGGACUUUAUACCUUCCCUGCAUGGCACUGAUGGCAAGAUUCAAACUAGUGUAGCCAACUACAGGAUACCUCUGGAUGAACAUAUCAUAGAAGCGAGCCAAGAAUUGGGGGAUGAAUUCCCCUUCAACCCUGAUAUGGGCGGAGGCGAAAAUGUUUUGGGACUUGGUUGGACAGUGUCCACUAUUGGACGAGGUGUACGAAGCAGCUCCGCCACGGGGUACCUCGCACCCGAAUAUUUGAGCAGGCCAAAUCUUCACGUCCUCGUACACGCCCAAGUUACGAAACUCAUCCAAACUGGAACCAGGAAUCGCUUGCCGUCUUUCCAUUCUCUGCAAUUUACGUCUACGCUCGCAGCCCGUCCUAUCACCGUCACUGGCAGACGCGCUGUUGUGCUCUCCGCUGGUGCUGUUGGAACGCCGCAUAUUCUACAGCUCAGUGGAAUAGGCGAUCGCAGUCUCCUCGAGUCAGUCGGUAUUCGCACAAUCGUACACAAUCCAUCCGUUGGCAGGAAUCUUUCAGAUCAUCCCCUCCUAGCCUGUGUUUACAGCGUGCAUGACAACUCUAGCUACGAUAUCCUGUUCAGGGAGCCUGCUGUGUUCCAGGCUGCUAUGGAUCAAUGGAAUGCAAACCAUACCGGACCUGGUGCAGCAAGCGUGUUCAACCAAGUCGGUUUCUUCCGGUUGCCAGACAAUGCUACCAUCUUUGAGACGACACCCGAUCCUGCCUCGGGACCCAAGUCAGGCCACUUCGAAAUCAUGUUCUCCAACUUCUACAAUCUUCCUGGUUUGGCCGCUCCAACGUCAGGAACGACCAUAAGUUUCGACGUGGCUGUUAUUCCGGCUACCUCCCGCGGAUCUGUGGAACUUACGUCUACCGAUCCAUUUGCUGCCCCAGCCAUCGACCCAGCUUACUUACAAAGCGAGUUCGAUAUAUUUACCAUGCUCGAAGCCGUGAAAGCGGUCCGGAGAUUCGCAGAGGCGCAGACAUUUGACGGGUAUAUCAUUGAGCCGUUCGGUGAAUUCGGCGCAGCGACUACAGAUGAGCUGCUGGAGACAUUCGCGAGGGGCAACGCGGCUACGGUCUUCCAUCCCGUUGGAACUUCGAGCAUGUCUCCGAAGGGGGCCAACUGGGGAGUCGUCGACCCCGACCUCCGGGUGAAGGGAGUGGAGGGAUUGUUCAUCAUUGAUGCUGGUGUAAUUAACAAGUUGCCGACUGCUCACACGAUGGCUCCCACCUUUAUUGUCGCAGAGCGUGGUGCUGAACUCUUGAAAGCGUUGACAUGA